CGUUUCCGCCCGGCGCCAUUUUGAUGAAACAGCGAGGAGACGAGCAGCGCGGAUAACCGUAAUGGACUGCAUGGAUAAGAAAUAAAAUUACAAUUGGAUUCUUUUUUUUUCUUUGUGGAAAACGUUGCAUGACGAAAAGUAUUCUUCGCGCCAUAGCACUAUAAUUUUCAGGUUAUAAACUAGGCAAAUUGUGAGCAUUGUACCGUUUAUCAUUAGCCGAUAGCUGUUGUUCGCGUAGUGUUCCCAUGAUGUACAGAGGGAACGGGAGCUAAUCUCCGGGCGUUCAACGUAGCCUAAGCGUUAGCUUCCUAGCUAAUUUAACUGCUAUUCGGUGUAAUUCGUUUUUCAGAAUAACAUUUCGCGGUCUCAGCAGCGAAAACGUCGACUUUCCGGACUCGAGGAGGCUGUAAGGACUCUAUUUGGUGUUUGUCCCGGCAUGUAAAGAACUGCUCCUACAAGGCAAACAUGACCCACACGGACUGAUGCUCGGGGAACCCCGGGCCUGCUGCUAGCCACAUUAGCGGCCUGUGGCGAGGCGGCAAGGGCUUCCCACCAAGGACAAUUCUCCACGGACUCUGUCUUUAACUCCCCCUCGUCUUAGAUUUUCUCUAUCCUACUCGGACUGUUCUAGGAUUUGUUGGCAUCCUGUUGUGUUUAAUCGGACUCAAAAAGGACUGUCGAGGCGCUCUGGCCUCACAACAACUCAGUUAUUUUUCUUUGGAAAUAACAUGGACUUUGACGCCAUCUGCGACCUGAACCCUUCCCUACUUUAGUUCCUUCUCUGUCCACUGUAUUUUCAUCGAGUUUAAGAACGUUUCCUAUUAAAAUAAUCAGAUUAAGCAUCCUGUGUUCAGUGUUAACGCUGUAUAACUUUGUUAUAUCACAGGCCUGUGGUUUUUUCUUGUGCUUGGUUGACUUGAGUUCAUAGACCUGUCAAAAUGUCGUGUGUUCACUAUAAGUUUUCCUCCAAACUGGACUACAACACAGUCACUUUCGAUGGGCUGCAUAUCACCCUCAGCGAGCUGAAGAAGCAGAUCAUGGGCCGAGAGCGCCUCAAGGCCACAGACUGCGACCUACAGAUCACCAAUGCGCAGACUCGAGAAGGUAGGCUGUCAGCUGACUAAAAGAGACGUGAGACAUACACCAUCCUGUGUUUUUAAGCUUUGCACACUAUCAGCAGAUAUUUCAUCAUGUGUCAGUAAUGUUUGUUCCUGAAAAAGGGGGGCAAGUGAGUCAUCAUCAUGAAUCAUUGGGAUGCCUUUUCUUUUAGCUGAUAUCUCCUAUUUUUAAAUCCAUUUUGGGGAUAUAGAUAAACACUGACCAGUCAUAACGUUAAAAAACCUGGGCAGUCUUAGGCAAUCUCAAAACGACACUUUCAGCAUCUGUUGACAUGGUUGGAGAGGUGGGGGUUGUACGUAAUUGUUGCAGACUAUGUGGGUGGUGGUUGUGCACUAGAGUUUGUUUUUUUAUUGGACGUUGCUCUUUAGAUAAUUGUCAACAUAUGAGAGAUACCUUAUGGUGUAAUGCACUCCAGUACACCACCAUUUAAACUGCCUAAUUUGACCAUACCUCAGAGAGAAAGAUGAUUUUCAAAUAUCGACAUUUAUUUAAAGGUCUUUUGUCUGUUCUUGACAAUACAGAAAUGCAUCCACACAGCUGACAAAUUGAAUCACAUUGGCCUGGGUAACACAUACAGUUACUGAUGAGCUAAUAAGUGACUAUAACAGUAUUACGCCGAUAAUAUGCUUCCUAAGUGAAAUAUCAUUAAGGGGCUGGACCUCAUGUUGACAGAGCCAUUUUAAAUUGUUGAAAGACUUGUCUGUCAUGCCAGUAAAAUGAGAAAAUGUUCGUUGCAACAAAAUUAGUAAAAGUAGAAAGGAGUGUGAAUUCAAGAAAGACAUUUAAAGGCUGGUUUCUCAAUUUGAGGCAUCAGCUUAUAGUUACGAAGGAUUCACUAAUAUAUGAAAUAAUUGAGCAACUGUGAUAUGGUGAACUGUUGAAUUUUAAUGUUAAUAUUGCAUGGUUUAUAAAUAAUAUGAAUACCAGUCCUGAUUUGAUGUGUGGGGAAAAUGUGACAUGUACUAAUGGUUAGUCCUAGUUUUUAUUGUGAUUGGUGUUUUCUAAUACAUUUUUGUCUGCUGUUUUAAAGAAUACACAGAUGAUGAAGCCCACAUCCCAAAGCAUUCAUCAGUGAUCGUCCGCCGCACUCCAAUCGGUGGAGUCAAACCUGCUGGCAGGACGUUCAUUGUGUAAGUAUACUUGGAUAAAGUUUUUGCUGGAGUUUUGAUUCAGGGGUACACUUGGACUUGAAGCCUUGAAAAAAAAAAGCGUAUGGAAAACUGGGUGGUGCAGUCAGUCCUUGGUUGGCUGUAAAGUAACAGGUUUAUAAUCGGAUUAAUUUCUGUCUUCUGUUUGUUUCUGCAGAGAUCGUUCUGACACAGCUGUGGUGGGAUCUUCCAGACCCGUAUGUAAAACAAACCCAAAAUCAACACUCACUCCUCCUCCUCCUACUCCUCCUCCUCUCACCUCUCUCCCUCUCCCCCUCUUUCUGGCUUUGGUCACCUUUCUUGAGAACAUUCUGUCAACAAGGAUUGAGUUUUGUGUAUCUUCUGUUCACUGUGUGUUGGUUACAUUUGUGUUGAAAACUCAACUUCUAUGUGUUAUUUGAUGUCUUUGGGAGGCUAUCUUGAGGUUCCACAGUUAAAGUAGUUUGUUGUUUCUCUCUGAAAAACCAGCUGUUUGUUUUGAGCAGAUUAAAGUUUUUCAAUGUUGUUGAGUGAGAUGACAUGAUCUGAGAGAGAAACAACAGACUAGUAACCAUUGUUUUUGAAUGCUUCAAACUUAUCGAGUGUUGAAAUGUUGCCACUUUAUCAAUGAUUAAGAAAUCAUUACAUCUGUAAAUGACUGUCUUUCAUAAUGAAAUGGUUCUGUAGCCUGCUCCAGGCCAGAUAAAUGUAUUUUUAAAGGGGUUUGUAAAAGGAAAAUAUGCUAUUUUUGUAUUUAUAACUCAUGUCAUUUUAUUUUCUGUGAAAAUAUUUUUUGUGGCUCCUUCACCAAAUGGAGUUAAAUGUGGCUGGGAUUUUACUGUAUUUAACUGCAGUUACAGUUACGAGACUCAUCAGUGAUUUUUCUUUUGAAAUCUUACCCUGCUUAACUUCAACAGUCUUCAGUAUGUUGUUCAGUAACACCUGCCAAUGUCAAUGAUUUUGUCUUGUACAAUUUCACCAUGAUCAUGAUCAACUUUGCUCUGAGUAUGGACUGAACGUAACACCUAAACCCUGAAGGUUCACAGAAUCACUCUGAUGAGUUAAAUGUUUGAAAAUGAUACAGAUUCUUACGUUUCUGUUUAACGAAGAAGCAGGAUCUAGAUCCAAGUGUAUCUAACUGUCUAACUGUGGUUUGGUUUGGGGGAUUAGUAAGAAGCUAGUUUUUGAAAACUAAGGUGCUGUGACUUUGUCACUGAAGUAGAAUGUUGCGACAUGAUCACAAAGUACAAUGACACAGUAUCCGUAAACUAAAUAUCUUGUUAACCUCUGAAGGCCUACAUGGUUGCUGCAGUGAGACGUAUACUGGUGUAGUGUGUCCUGUAAGCUGUAAGCUGCAGAACCUGUCAAUAAAGUUGUUCAGCGGUUCAGUGUCAGAACCGCUUGCACCAGAUCCCUGUGUGUUCCCUCCACAGCAUUCUGCAAUACCCAGUCUUUCCUCCGAGCCCCACAUAUGAUGAUGGACAACUUCUGCCUGCUUGUUUUUAAUACUUACAGAUUUCUAGAUAAUUAUUUUCACAGAAGUUAGACUCAGCAACUCUUUGGCGCGGGACAAAACUUUGAUUUAAUCAUUUUUUGUUGUUCUUGGGAUCUAAUGAUGAUGUUCAGUGUAGUGUUGAAGAGAUUGUCAGGGGAGCAAUAACAAAGAAAUACUGACUAGUUGUGUUAGUUCCUUUUAAAUUUUCAUCUGGCAGUUUCUUGAAAGAGACACUACUGUCCCAGCAUGAUUCCCUGGCUGACCUUUUUAGUGUUUGCCCUUUUUUACUGAAGCUCUUUAACCCAUGACUUGCAGCCUGAUAGAAUCGCAGAAAAAACCCUGUAGCUUUUUUGUUAUGAAAACUCCUUUUGAUAACUUGGUGCAAAAACUUAAGUGGCCUGGUUACAAGUAACUAACUGCGUGCUAAGAUGACAUGUUUAAUGUCUUUUUUUAAGUAUGGAAGCACGGUCUUUAGGAUUCCUCCUUGUUGUUUGCUCGAUUUUUUUAAAAUUUUACAGACCUAAUUUUAAGCAGUUUAACAAUGUUUAUUAAAGUCCUCAAGUGUUUCUGCCCACUGACAAACCUUUUUGAAUGUUUUCUUUAGAAAUUAAACACACAAAAGCGUAUUUUUACCACAUAGCUCUAGUCAUUCCAAGGAAGAGGCAUUUCCUCACGCAUAGAAACUUUUUUUGAGCAGCUCGCCAGACAUAAAAAUCCAUCCUUUUAAAGACCGUCUGAAGGGUAAUUAUACGAUGUUUAAGGAUUUUUAUAGAACUGUGCUGCUGACAGUUUGGAUGUCUUGGUUUAAACAGCCCUGAAAAGACACAACCUGAGUUCAGGCUUUCAAAAUAUUUUCCUUUGGAUUAAGAAUCAGUGCUGUCAGCGCAGGGAUUAUCACUGCAUGGACAAGUAAACCUGUCUGAUUUAAACCCUUGCCAUCAUAUACCUGUGUAUAUUUCAUGCACUUGGAGUCAUUUUGAUGUGAAGAUUUAGAUGGAGACAGAGAGGGACUGGACACACGUGGUGGGGAACUAUCUGGGCUCGUAUCUUCCACUGUUUAUCUAUUACAUAUUGUGUUAAUACUUCAAUAUCUGUACUCUGAUUCUCCUGCAGACGGAUUCUUCUCCCUCUUUGUCACUUGCCCAACUCACAAAGGUACUGUUUGUAUUCAUGCUGGGGUACUUCCAGAAAAAAAAGUUUUUAAGUAGAUGUGUCCUUUUUCCCGGUGGCCCUGAUGACAUUUUCUACUCUUUUUUUUCUGCUUCAUUUCAUUUUGUAUUUUAGACUGCCAACCUGGUUGAUGCAAAUGCAUCAGAAGAGGACAAAAUCAAAGCCAUGAUGACUCAAUCCAACCAUGAAUAUGACCCAGUGCAGUAAGUAUACAACAGAAAAUAAGAACUGCACCCUCAUGGCUAAAGUAAAAAAAAAUAAUAAUAAUAAAUCCCUCUUGUCUCUUCAGUUACUCCAAGAAACCAGUUGGACCUCCACCUGCUCACUACACCUGCUUCCGUUGUGGAAAGGCUGGUCACUACAUUCGUCAGUGCCCUUUGCUGAUGGUAAUUAUCACAUGUCAAUUUUAUAUUCAUUUCACAACAAAGCAGCUUGACUUCCUAAAGCUCAAACAUAAACUGGUGGUGUUGCUUUUGUUUCAUUUCACCCUGUUAGGUCCAGGACAAGAGUGUGGAGGGGCCAAAGCCUGUUAGAACUAGUAAAGGCAUCCCUCAGAGCUUCAUGGUGAAAGCAGAGCCCGGCACAAAGGGAGCCAUGUUAACCAGCACUGGAGAAUAUGCAAUACCUGCCAUAGAUGCGUACGUCUCAACCCAUUGCACCUAAAACUACACACUGUUAAAUUUACUAUUAAAUAAAGUUUGUCAAACGGAGUCUUUGUCAGUCCACGUAAUGAAAGCAAAUCUGUCUCUACAGGGAGGCGUACGCACAGGGAAAGAAAGAGCGCCCUCCGUUUGUUCCACACAACCAGUCAUCAUCUGAAGAUGAUUCAGACCCGAUUCCCGAUGAGCUCUUGUGUCCCAUCUGCAACGACCUGAUGACUGAUGCUGUAGUGAUACCCUGCUGUGGAAACAGCUACUGUGAUGACUGUGAGUUCUUUUGAAUUAUUAUGUACACUUGUGACGAUCUACAUUUGCACCGAUCGUAAAAUAAUUAUAAAAAAGCAAAGCAGUUGUUGGUUCAAAGAUCAUACUUUUUGUGAUUUGAUUCCUCCGCGUAAUUGUCUUGAAGGAAUUGUUAUGUGCAGAAAGUAAACACCCUAUUUGUGUGUCAAAUAUUUGUAACAUCUCUUGAUUUUUCAUAGUGAAUUUGGUCACUAACACUUAUUUUUGGGGAUGCUUAAAAUGAUGUGUGCUACAGGUAUCAGUAGACUAUGCAGGUUACAGGAAAGUCCCUUUCACAUCACUGUUGAUGACACUUUUGUUAUUUUUAGGUAUCAGGACUACUUUGUUGGACUCCGAAGAGCACAUCUGCUUCACAUGCAAACAGUCCGAUGUUUCUCCUGAUAAUCUCAUCGCAAACAAGUUUCUCCGACAGGUAACCCUUACGCACAUUGUUUGGUGUAUUCCAUUCUUUUACUCUAACUUAAAGAAAAGGUAUAAAGUGUAUCGUAUCUUUCAAAGAGUCACCUUACUUUCUUUAUACAGGCUGUGAAUAACUUCAAGAAUGAGACGGGAUACACCAAACGGACUCGCAAACAGCUCCAAAAUACAGCCCCGCCUCCACCGCGCCCUCAGUUGCUCAGGCCCCUGCACUCAAGACAGCAAGACCCACUGUUAGCCAAUGUUUCUCAUCCUCCUCCUCCUACUGCGAGCGUCCCCGUCACAGCCCCUCAAGUGCAGGUCCCUACUUCUGCACCUACAUCUGCACCUGCACCCGCACCUGCUCCCGCUCCCGCUGUCUCCACCGUUUCAACUGCUGCUUCCACUCCUCCUCAUUCUGCUGCUGCAGUCGAAGAGCAUGUAUCAUCACCAGCACCUCCACCUGUUGUAGACCAACAUUCUCCUAUGCACACCACCAGCCAGGGUGAACCACCUCCACCUGGGUAGGUUUAUCUCCAGAUACAGUCAUUGUGCAAUCAUCUGGUGAUAUUUUAAACCAAGACUGCUUUAAAAUGUUUAUUUAUUUAUUUAUUUUUUAGUGAGACUGAUCCAGAACCAACUGUGACACCAGAAUCAUCUCAAGCUUCAGAAAGCAGAUCACAGGUGAGCCUGCUUUCAUCUUCUACAUACCUAUACGCCGAACCUAUUUUUAAUCUCUAUAAUUGAUGAGUAAUUGCAACAAGAAAGUAUUUGCAGACAGUUAUUUAUUUAUAUUUAUAACUUAGUCUAAUUUGGAUAAGAAAAUGCACCUCUUCAAGGUUAUGGUAAAAGGUUCAAAAAUAGUUUAAAGAUUUCGUCAUCUACUGUUGGUGAUGUUAUUCAAAGGUUGACAAUCUGGAGAAGAAGCUGUACAAAAAGGAAAGUCAAAAGUGCAGUUGGAUGUUGAAUUUUUAGGCCCUCGGGCAGCACUGGAGUGUUAUUGGCACAUAUUUCAGAAUCCAGCAUCUCUGAUGUAAUGUCCCUACACAGUACAUCCAGGUUUUGAAGCAACAUAUGCUGCCCUAUGGACAGUGCCUUUUAAGGAAGACCUUGUCCAGUAGACUGUGUUGUUACACACUGAAAACAGUCGCCCAUCAUGUAACAAAUGUGGCAAAGACAACCUUGAGCUGUUGAGCAGCUUCUACUUUACGAGAGUAAAAUACGAUUUCUAUUUCAAAACUUCAGGAAUGGUUUCCAUUCUGUGGUACCCUCAUGUUUACAGUGUGUUGUUAAAAGAAGUGAGGCGAACAUGCUCCAAUCAAAGUUAUAUUGGGCGUAUAAAACACUGUAUUACACUUUUCAGUUUCCCCAUUGGAUGCUUUACACUGUGAUUUGUCAUACAGGGCUACCAUUCAGCUUAUGUUGGACACCUCCCACCUGUGAGACCGUCUCAUUCAUCAGGUAAGACGUUUAUUCUGAGAUAUCUGAGAACUUUAAGAGAAGGCUUCAAGAGAAAGAUUGACUAAUUGUCUUUUGGUCCCGCUAGCUCAUCAAUCACGACCCCACCACUGUAACAGAGGGGGAGGCAGACACUGGGAGAGGUAAGAUCUUAUUUGGCUUCUUUUCUCCUGCUGAAAUUAGUUUGGUAACAUCUGAGUCUCAUAGUGUUUCGAUUUUUCUCUUUCUUUGUAGGUCUUUCAGAAGUAGAGGAGAACACACCUCCACCCAGCUCCACACAGCUCCACCUCCUGCCCCUGUUCCUCCAGUAUACCCAGCCCCAUCCCUUUACCCACCCCCACCACAGACCUACCCUCCACCCUUCGCCCCUGGCCCCGGUCUCAUCCCUCCUGCGCUCAGUUACCAGCCCCAGCCUGUUUAUGCCCCCGGACCACCAGUGCUCAAUCCUCCAUGGGUUGCCCCUGGCACCCAGCCUCCUCUCCUCCCCCUUCCUCCCUCCCUCGCUCAGCCUCCCCUCUCUAAGGAGGAAUUCUACAGACAGAGGCAUCACAGACAGGACAAGUGAGUUUUCCCUUAUCGUGUCAGUUAUUUCAUGGAAAGAGUUUAAUUUAAAGAGGGUGUUUUCAGUGUCAAACAUAAUGUCCAAUAUUAUCAGAUUCUUCAGAUAUUCCUCCCUUUGUCCUGGAUUUUCAAGUCUGCUGAUUUUUCAACAGCAGCACUUAAUGAAACGAUUAAAGACAACUUAACGCAGAUCAGUAACAACAUUUAAUAUCUGCGAUGACUCCAGGCUAGUCUGUUAUUCUGAUUGCGCUGGGAAUCAGUUUCUGAUUGGAAACUUGUACAUUUGCAGAACGAAAUGCUGCUCAGCGAGGCAUUUAAUGAAAAUUUCAACAGGACACGGGGAUUGAAGUUUGGUUUUAUCGCAGUAGAGCUUGUUGCUGGAUAAAACAAAGAUCUGAAAGUGACACUGUGUUUGUUCUUGUAUCCGCAGAGCUACAUCCAAAUUAGAUGAGUUUACAAAGGACUUUCACAAAGAGCUAAUGAAGUACAGAAACGCACCAAAGAGACCAAGACCAUCUUAUUCCAGGUAACUUUAAGAAGACAGCUUAUCUAAUGAGGUUUAAGGUCUUACAUUAAUGACAUAAUCCUUAAAGCUGUUUGUAACUUCCUUUGCGUAACCUUUUUUUGUUUUUUUUCUGUGUCCUUCUGGUUUUCUCUGCUGUCCUUUUCCAGGUCACGGUCGUACAGCCGCUCUCCAUUCAGCCGUUCUCCUUACUCUCGUUCACGGUCAAGAUCCAGAUCCAGGUCCAGAUCUAGGUCCUAUUCGUAUUCCCCGAGUAGAUCCCGCUCACGUUCACGCUCUCACGGGCGCUCCUAUCCACGCUCCCCUUAUUCCAGACGCAAUGGACGCAGCUACGGACGCUCGCGCUCAAGGUCCCGCUCUCGUUCGAGGUCUUUUGGAUAUCGGCGCUCUGGCUCACCACGGACCCCUCCUUCCUACAGGGGAGGAGCCUGGGAGGGACCAGAAGGAGCAGGGCCCUUCAGGUCAAGGUCACGGUCUCGCUCUCCUGGUGGUUACAGGAGCCGAAGCCCCGGUGGGAGAAAGCCCCCUCCACGGGAGCUCGAGCCGUAUGAACUGAAGGGUUUGAGUCCUGGGGGACAUGAUCGCUGGGAAAGAGAACGGUAUCGACAGUGGGAGAAGCAGUACGCAGACUGGUACAACAAAUACUAUGAACACCAACACCCCUCAAUGCAUCACAGAGGUGGUCGUAGCAGCAGAGACAGGGAGAGGGACAGGAUGUCUCCAUUACCCAGAGAUUACUCCCCCCAGGGGAGAGGGAGAAGAGGGAGAGAGGAAAGAGGUCCUCCACCUCACCAUCCUCCAUCCUCAUCUUCAUCAGGAAAUAAGACCAGCACUAAAGUUCUAAAGACAAAGAAAGUGAAGAGGAGGAGGACUGGAGAGGAAUCUGAGCCUUCGCAGUCCAUGGACAGAGGUGAUGCGACACCUGUCAGAGAUGAACCAAUGGAUGAAGUCCCUUCACUCAGUAAAACUCCUCCCAUGUCCUCAAAGCCACCUGGUGGCACAACAACCACCAAAACUGCAGCCUCCAAAAGCUCUGCAGCAUCUGCGAAACCCUCAACCAAGGUGGCGUCAAAACCUCAGUCUGAUAAGACGAAGAAAGACAAGCCCCAGAAGGUGAAAGCUAAAGUCAAGGUGGAGGGCGUGAAAGUGAAGAGUGACAAAGUAAGGAAAAAGACCGCAGAGGUAGUGAUCCCCAAAAAGAAAGAAUCCUCCUCCUCCUCCUCUUCAUCGUUCUCUAGACAAGUGAAGCCUGUUAGAAAACCUGAAGAGGCCUCAAACUCCACAACCCCCAAAAAAGAGAAGAGUAAAACAUCUGCAGUGAGGCCUGCCCUCCUUAAGACCCCGCCUAUCCCCCCCCACAACCUCGCUCUACACCACCCUUCCCUCCAUGACGGCCCUCGAUCAGGUCAUGACAUCCGGGGGAGAAGAGAUCUCCCUCAAGGUGGUGGUCUCCUCCCCCUUCCCCAUCAGCACGGACCUCCGCUCUUGCACAGGCCUCCCUCCCCAGUGGACAGUCGUAGAAGGAUGGGGAUGGAAGGCCGCUCUUUGCUUGGACCCCCUCCUGGGAAGCUGAGGAGGAUAGAUGGGUUGGAGGGGGGUGUCCUGUCUCUUCAGCACUUGUCUCAUCAGCCCCCGCUCCACAGACUCCCACCCUCCUCAGACAGGCCUGGUCUUCUUCCUUUACCAGGGAGCCGUGAGAUGAGCCGAGAUGACACAGAUCGAGGAUCCAUCAGGCCUUUGAUGGACCUUCAGGUGGGUUUCAUGCUUUUACGAGCCCCAGAUAUGACAGAAGACAAAGAUGUUGAAUUUUUAGGAUUAAUUUUUUUCUGUUUAGCUGGUUUUUGAUCAGACUUUUUCUGUUGAGCCAUGGUUUUGACGACAUUGUCUCUGACUUUUCCCCAUGUCCAGGUGAAGCCCCUGGCCCAGAGGAGGAUCAAGCUAAAUCGAGAUCUAGGGAGAAAAGGCAGCACUGAAACACCACCCUCAGACAGAACACCAUCAGGUCCUGAGAAGACGACUUCCACUUCAGACCGAUCAGCUGCCUCGAACACCUCUGAAGGAGAUCGACCAAGCAGCACAGCAGAAAGAAAAGAAGACAGAAAAGAGGAAAGAAAAGAGGACAGAAAAGAGCGCUCCUCAUCUGCUGAGAAGGGAGGGUCCAGGGAAAGACCAGGAAGUGCCGGAGAGAGACUGCAGAGCUCAGACAGGGAGCAGAACAGAAGCUCAGGAGCAGACAGAGAGCGAGACAGAGCUUCAGGAUCUGAACGAGACCGAGACCGAGAUAGAGGAGUGGGCUCUGACCGAGAGAGAGACAGGGGGCAGGGCUCCAACUCACAAAAGGUUUCAGUAACAGUGGAGAGAGACGCUGACGGAGAAAGGUCGGUGAGGACGGAGAGAAAAGGCUCCAGUAGUGGAGGAGGGAGAUCUGUCUCGUUGGAUAAAAUGACCAUAGCAGAGAAAUCAGCUGUCACCAAGAGAACCACAGACCAUCAGGAGAAACCGAGCGUGUCCUCGAAGGAGAGAGGGGAGGGGUCAGAGAGAGCUUCUAAAUCUGACAGGUGUGUUCUAGUGAUCCUCUGCUGCUUGUCAAACCAUCACUCAGAUCGGUGAUUAAAAGGGAGCCUGUUUUAGUGGUUCUGUAAACACUGUUAUUGAAUGUAAUUACAUCUUCCUGUUUCUCCCAGGAGUCUUUCCAAGGACAGAGCAGAGAGGAGUGUGCCCUCAGGAGAGAAACCGGCUGCCGCUCACAGAGAAGGUAAUUUGAAUCUCUGUGUGUGUCCAUGCCCUCAAGACCAGAUGAUAACUUUGAUUUCAUUUGGUGCCACCUUGUUAAGCAUUGAUUAAAAGUGUUGUCUCGCUGUCAUCCUCCUCUUCCAGCAGUGAAGGAUGGCGAGGAGCCUGCUGUGAAGCGCAGACCAAGGAUCAGUCGUAAGGCACUCGUGAGCAGCGCAGGAAGCUCCUCUAGGUGAGGCUACUGUCCAUUCGUUACAAACACAUUUGAUCUUCCAAUACUCGAUUCUUAUUUUUUAUAUUAAUCAUUUUAUACAAAUUUAAAUCAGAGCUGAUGAGUAGAUGUAGUUCUUUGCACAGUUAUUAUCAAACAGAAUGUUUCUGUCAAAAUGAGCUGAGAAUAUUCAGAUCCAAAAACUAGCAUAAUACUUCAAGUGAAAAACGUAGAAUUAUAAAGUUUAUUUACUUUUGUUUAAUUGAAAGAAAAAAAAAUCUGCUGCUAGCCCUAGAUUGACUAGUUGCAGUUGGUUGCUACUAGUGUUGGACGGUAUGAACCUUAUGUCACGGUAUGAGUAAUUUCACAUCAUGGUAACAGUAUAUAUCACAGUAUGUUUUUCCCCACUGUAAAUUCAAUUUCUGGUUUAAAAUAACCAAACUGUCGCAUUUGUUCAUUUUCUUUUUAUUUUUCAACUCGGAUUUGUAAACAAAUGCAAACUAAACCUCUGGCUAGUUUGGUGAUUUUUUUAUGAUAUGGCGGACCUUUGGCGAAAGACUCUGCCAAGUUCUUUCGUAUGAGAGGAGCUGCUGCAGCUUUCGUUUUUGGUGCAGCGGGUUCGCAACGCAUCUUUUGGCUCUCAUAAUUGAGCUUGGCGUGUUCCAUCUUUAGGUGGUAGAAGAGGUUUGCUCGCAACGACUUUGCAUAGUAUCGUUUUCUGAUCAUCGUUGGAUUUUCUAAAUCCGAAGAAUAGCCAGACAACCGAUGUUGCCCUUUUUCGGAGCAAGUUCCUCUUCCUCCUCCUCUUCCUCAUGUUGGGUGGGUCGGACUGCCUCCGUUUGCUCGGUACUGCCACUAAUCUCCGCGUCCGCCAUGACCACCGCCAGUGAAGCCGUUUCUCCUUAGUCAAAACUGUGCCAAGCAGUCUGCUGGACAUGCUGGUGAUUAUAAGGAGCACACCCAAACCUGACCAAUCAAACGGAGCGAACAAACUCCUCCUGACACGCUGUUAAAUAAACAUAAACGCACUAAAAUGAAUGUGCUCCAGCUUUCCUGUUAGCGAGCGCAGACAACUACACACUGACUAGCAAAAUUUCCCUCGGUACACACUUCAUACCGUCACACGGUAUAUGUCGUCAUACCAACCAACACUAGUUACCACCCAUUUAACACACGAGGAUGACUUCGUGGAUGUAGUUUUAACCACAGGUCUGUGUGAAGUUGCACACUCUGCCGGCUGACAUCAGUGUGGUAAACUGCAUCUGUAUGCUCGGCUUGUGCGCAGUAGCUCAAAGUUGAAGCAUUGGCUUAUCGACUGAGCCAUCUGGGAUUUUUUUUUUUACAGUAAAAUGUGCCGUUCAAAAGAGCAGUGGUGAUGUUUUCCCUCAAAGUGGCAGCAGGAAGAUGCCACAGCAGCUUAACUUUGAAGAAGUUAAAGUGCCAAUUUUGGACCUUUUAAGUGCGAUUAAGACAUCUACAUGCCAAUUUUGAUAAGGCUGUGUUGCAUUUGAAUCAAAAUUCAGUUUGUUUUAGAUAACUGGAGAAAUGUUUUCCAAUAUCUGCUCAUUUUCCUCCUCCUCUAGUAAUAGUUUUCACUCCUCAUCUCUGUUUAAAGCAAGCAGUUAUGGGCCACAUCAACCACAGGGGUGACAAACCAUGCUGGCUGAUUUGAAAAACAUGAAUCUUUAAAGCGAUUUUAUUUUAAACGUCCAUUUUAAGUCUAACCCCUAAUGCAUGCAAUCCUUUGUUGAUGCAUUACUCUUCCAAAUGUGUCUGUUUUUUCUCAGCUCAAGGUCAACUCAAGAUACAAAGCGGGACUCAGACAGAGAACAGAAGAGCGAACCAUCCAAACCCGCGGAGCUGCCCCCAUCAAGUCCUGUGAUCAGCAGAGACCGCAGCCCAAGUGUCAGCCCACAACCCAGCCCGGUCAGCGAGGAGCCACUCAUUCAGCCUCCUCCUCGCUCCAAAUGGGAGAGAGAGGACGAUGAAGAGGGCCAGGAAAACGGACUCAGUGCCCCCAAGGAGCCAUCACCAGUGCCUCAAAGGGGCAGAGGCAGAGAAGUGCAGGCUGAACCUUCAAAGCCCAUCAGGACUGAAGGCAAGGAAGCUAGAAGGGAGGAGAGGAGAGGAGCUGUGAGAGAGGAGAAAAAAGGGAAGGCACCAAAGGAAGAGGGUAAAAGUGGCAGGUCAGCACAAACUAAUUCUGAUAAGCCCAAAGUAAAACUUGUGAGGGAGGAUGUGAGAGGAGCGAGAGAAGAAGGCAGAGCUGCAGCAAGAGAGGAGGGCAGAGGAGGAGGAAGAGAGGAGGGGCGAGGAGGGACAGGGAAGGAGGAAAGAGCAGCAGAGGGGAGAGGUGGAGGAGGAAGAGAGGAGAGUCGUGGCCCUGAGCCCCGGAGACAGCGUUUGUGUUCUGACCUUGGUCGCGAGACAGACGAAGCAGCGUUUGUGCCGGAUUACAGCGAAGGGGAGGGCUCAGAACCAGAGCGAGGAAGGAGCGGCAGCCCGAGCCCCUCCCUCAGCCAGCCGUCCCACAGCCCGACUCCCAGCAACCAAAGCGGCUCGGUAACCACCGCCGACAAGAAGAAGAAGAAACACAAGAAACACAAAAAACACAAAAAGCACAAGAAGCACGGCAGCCAGGAGAAAGAAGGGGAACACAAGAAGCACAAGCACAAGAAGAAGAAACACAAAAAGAACAAAGACAAAGACGCGGAGGAGGAGGAAGAGAAGUCGGAGAAAGCAGAGGAAGGCGCUCCGUGCUAACAGGGGCCCAAAUCUGUAACCUUGAGAUAAUGACAUAUCUGGGAAUAACAGCUUAGAGUGUCAUGCUGCUUCAUGUGGCACUCUUAAGGGAAGGGAUGAAAUGGAUCUUUGAUUGUCCCGGUCACCGAAGGAGGGCUUUGUGACUGUUACUGAAACACUUCAUGUCACUGCAGGACCCCUAAACUCACACAGUACUUUGUCGUGCCUGGCUCACAGCUGAUCAAGUUUCCUUUAUAUUCAAUGUGAGGCUCCGUGGUGACUUAAGGUCAGGAAAAACUCGGGAGACAUGCUGUGCUGCACUAUAGUGAUCAGCGUAGAGCCAGUCAGAAAAAGACUGGAAGAUAAUAACUGAUCACACAGCAGUCAAUCUGAGCGGUCGGAAUAAGAAGCGCUGUACUCAGGGAUGUGAUUGCUUCUUUGCAGAGGAGGAAUUGCUUUUUCUCUGUAUGAUUCAUUUGUAAAUAGAGAUAAACUGUUGCUUCACAUAAUAAUUUUCCUGUUCGUUCUGCUCACAUCCCUGUGUGCCGUUCAAGGUUUAAAUACUGAAUAACCCUCACUGCAGAGCGUACUCUCGGAUGCUCUUUUCAAAGACUGUUUGUUUUGCAUGUUUAGCACAUUAGCUACAAAUUCGGUACAUUAUCCAUUCCUGCUGACCUUUCCUACGAGUAGACUCUCUUUUUUUUUUUCCACACUCACUUGUUUCAGUUUCAGCGAAGAUUGGUCUAAAAAUUUAAAAAAGCAACAAGAAAAUACAGAUAAGGUUUAAGAAAAGUUUAAUCUGCAAAAAAAAGGAUAUUUUCAAAUCCAGUUAUUACGGACAGGGUUAGAAAAGUCUUCAGAAAUGGUCAGCAGUCAAGUAUUUGUGAUCAAUGUGCUUUUAAAUGCAAAACUACGAGAAUGAUCUCUAAGUGAAAUGAAACAGGAAGCAUUCAUGCUACACUGAAUUGUAAACAUCUAGGAUGUGUUCAUUAAUAACUGAAAAUCAAUCUGCAUGUUUUCGUUCCAAAGGUUCAGUAAAUGUCCAUUAUAACGUCUGAGUGUGCGGAUGUGUAUGUGGUGGUGUGUGAAAGUGAAAUGUGACUUCGGGAUGAAGUGAGGAGGACUAGUGUUCUUACAAAAUGAGUUGUUCUUUUUCUUUUUUUUAAUUAAAAUGUUUUGACCCGA